AAGUGUCAAUCUCUGAUAGAGCUCAAGUUCGGUAGUGGGUGAAACAAAUGAAAAUAUCCCUAAAGAUAUUUUAAUCCGAUUUCAUCUUGAAUUUCACUGUGUUUAAUUAAAUAAAUAAGUUUAUAAUCAUGGCUCCGAAAGCUGGUGGUGAUUCUGCUAAAGUUAAUUCAGCGGUAUAUAAAGAUAAAAGCAAACCAACUGAUAUUCGGCUGAGUAAUAUAGGCGCCGCUAAAGCUGUAUCUGAUGCUAUUCGUACGAGCUUGGGCCCUCGUGGUAUGGAUAAAAUGAUCCAAGCCAGCAAUGGUGAGGUAACCAUUACCAAUGAUGGUGCGACAAUUUUGAAGCAAAUGAGUGUGAUUCACCCAGCUGCUAAAAUGUUGGUGGAGUUAUCCCGUGCCCAAGACAUUGAAGCUGGUGAUGGUACUACAUCAGUAGUAGUGAUUGCUGGAGCUCUGCUUGAUGCUGCUGAGAAACUACUUCAGAAAGGAAUUCACCCAACUGUCAUCUCUGAUGGUUUCCAGAAGGCAUUACAAUUGGCUUUGCAAGUGGUUGAGAACAUGGCUACUCCAGUGGACCUAUCAAAUGAGGAUGCUUUAUUGAAAGCAGCUGCAACAUCUCUGAACUCUAAAGUUGUUUCACAACAUUCUACAAUUCUGGCUCCUAUUGCUGUUCAGGCUAUUCGUGCAGUUAUGGAACCAAUAGUUGGUGGUGUGGGUGCACGAGUUGAUUUGCGCGACGUAAAAGUUAUUGAGCGCAUUGGAGGUACAGUGGAAGACACUGAAUUGGUUCAAGGGUUGGUAAUCCCACAUCGUGCCUCGAAUGUCAAUGGCCCCCAUAGAAUUGAGAAAGCCAAAGUUGGACUAAUCCAGUUCUGCAUUUCUCCACCAAAGACAGAUAUGGACCACAAUGUUAUUGUAUCUGACUAUGCUGCAAUGGACCGUGUUUUGAAGGAAGAACGUCAGUACAUCUUGAAUAUUGUCAAGCAAAUUAAAAAAGCGGGUUGCAAUGUCCUUUUGGUGCAAAAAUCUAUUUUACGUGAUGCUCUGAGUGAUUUGGCUAUUCACUUCUUGGAUAAAAUUAAGACAAUGGUAAUUAAGGACAUUGAACGUGAGGAUAUCGAAUUUGUAUGCAAAACUCUAGGAUGCAGACCAAUUGCUUCUCUGGAUCAUUUUACAGCUGAAAAUCUUGUUAAUGUCGAUCUGGUUGAAGAGGUCAAUGAGCCUGCUGGUAAAUACAUCAAAAUGAGUGGAUGCUCUGCGGGUGGGCGCACCGUAUCAGUGCUUGUGCGCGGAUCUAGUGGUGCCGUGGUGGCAGAAGCCGCGCGGUCUCUGCAUGACGCGCUGUGUGCCGUGCGCUGCGUGGCGCGCCGCCCCGCACUAGUAGCGGGCGGAGGCGCACCCGAGGCGGCCGCGGCUGCAGCACUUGCCCGAGCCGCGCUGACCGCACCAGGCGCAGACCACUAUUGUCUUCGUGCCUAUGCCGAUGCUCUAGAAGUUGUGCCCUCCACGCUUGCGGAGAAUGCUGGGCUGAACCCGAUUGAGACGGUGACUGAACUCCGCGCGGCCCACGCUGGUGGCGCGGAGAGCGGUGCAGGAUCAAACGCUGGCGUCAACGUGCGGCGCGGUCGCGUCACUGACAUGCGCCAGGAGCACGUACUGCAACCACUCCACGUCACCGCCUCUGCUUUAGGACUCUCCACUGAAACCGUGCGCGCUAUACUCAAAAUUGACGACAUUGUAAACACAUUAAAUUAGGAGCAAGAAGCUUUGCAUUAUUUCAGUGUUUUAGUUUUAUUGAGUAAUUUCUUCAUUUAAAACGAAUAAUACUAUAAUACUAAAGAAUUUAGUAUAAUAACUAUUUUAAACUAUAACUAUGUCUUAACAAUAAAGAUGAAGACAAAUAUUUAGAUGCUAGGUUUUGAUCCAAUAACUGCAGUACACAAACAAAAAUGUCUUAUUCUGUUUUCAGUCAGCCAAAAAUUCAUGUUAUGGUAUUGAAAUAUACAUAUUUUACUAUUGCCUUAUAUAAUCGAUUAUCGAGUUGUACUCUAUUUACCACAAUAUGAAGUGUAUGCAUUUAGUUUACUGCAAACAACUGAUGUUUUAAGUGCACUUAAGAUUCGUCUACUAUGUCAUUUUUCUUUAAUAAAUAUUAGUUUUACAAUAUACAUUUGAUCUUUUGUCUUGUUAACCAGAUAUGCACAAUGCUUGUUACAAUGAAAAACUGUUUCUUUUUGCUUUAAAAUAAUUUGAGUAUUAUUAUAUGAAUAUUUAUUUCUUAAUAAACCAAAAUUAACGACAA